AUGGGUUUGGGCGCGGCAGUGGGGGGCAGCGCAGACCACGCAUGCGGGGAGCGGUGGAGGCGACGGUCCGGCGCCCGCACGAGAAGCCCACAGCGACGGUUGAGCAGCCAAGUGCCCCCGCCGCCACGCGAAGGUGCGGGUGACGGUGCCCGCGGGGAAGCCGCGCGUCCGGCCGGCGGGGCGUGCCGCGGCCCGCGUCUUUUCCUGCGGGGCGGCAGCUGCGGGCUCCUCUUCGUGCGGGGCGCCAGCACCGCCGCCGCGUGGCGGGCAACGCAACAAACAAACUUGCCGGGCAAAAAACAAACACGUGCCCCGAGCGGCCCGCAUGCAUCCGCCGCCGAGCACCGCAACUAA